AUGAUAACAGUCAGGAAAAAUCAUUCGCGGAUUCUUUGCACUUUGGUACUGUUGUCGUGCCUCUGUGCCUUCGUACAGCAAGCUGAAGCGUUUACAACAUUUUCGAAGUUUUCGUUAUCAGGUUUGAAGCAGAAUGCAAGGCAUCAUGGUGAGCUCAAGGUUUAUGCACCAAACGGAUCCGGUUACGCCACCCCAGAGGAUGAAACAUCAGAGUUGCCUGAUUCGUAUGACCCAAUGAUGGAAUAUCCCGGAACGAUGAGACCUGGACGUACCCCAGAGAAUAUGCCUUUUCACGACCUUCCAAUUGCAGACACAGACCCUGAUCCAGUCCCAUGGCCGCACUUUCAACAAAUUGAAUGGCAUCACAAGUGGGCGCCGCCACAUCCACAUCCCGUUCCAAUGGAGGAAUUCAUUGAACAGCAGGGUCGCUGGGCAACUCCAGAACUCGAAGCUGCUAUGAGAGCUGGUAAUCGUCGGGAUGCUCGCCAGAGAAGAGAAAUGCAGGAGGAGCAAAAGAGAGACACACUUAUUAUGGACGACGACGACGAUGAUGAUGACGAUAGACCACAAGAUCUGGGAGAGGGUAUGUUCGGACAAUUGGGAUCUACGGCGGACGAAGCAAUUACAGCAGCUGCUACAUCCCCUGACCAGGUUGAAACCGACGAAGCCGAAGAGGAAACUGAAGAUGAUGACGGUAACCUGGAUGAUUUUUUGCUUGAUCUAGGGCUGGACUCGUUUGAAGACGAUGAUGACGAAUCGGAAGAAUCCGGUGAUGCUGCAAGUGCACCACCACCAUCUGCAACCACAGGGCUCGAAGAUAUCAUCGUUGGAGGAGAAGAUGAUGAUGAUAAUUCCCCUGAAGAAACACCGACCAGUGGUGUCACUGCAUCAAUUGAUGUGAGUGCUGAUGAAGAUCUUGAUCUCGAUCUUGGGUUAGAUGAUGAGGAUGGCAUAACGAGCGAUGGUGUCUCCACUGUUCCUCUAGAGGACUUUGGGGACGAUGAUGGACUGGAUACAGAAAGCUUCUUUGAUGAUGGCGGUUUUGACUACGACUCUGGAGGAGACUUCGAUGGUGGUGACGUUUGGUAA